GGAGCCGGAGCCGGGCACGGACACGGCGGCACCGAGCGGAGCGCGUCCGUGCGCUGUCCAGAGUCUGCCCGGCCGAGCCCAGCCGUCGCCGCCGCGAUGUUGGACCCGUCGUCCAGCGAGGAGGAGUCCGAGGAGCUGGUGGAGGAGGAGAGCGGCAAGGAGCCGCUGGCUCCCGCCGCGGCGCGGCUGUCGCCCAGCCGCCCCGGCGAGGGCCCGGGCGGCGGCGGUGGCGGCGGUGCCGGUGGCGGUGGGAGCGCCGGGGGGCUGCAGCCCGGCGGGCGCGGCAGCAGCGCGGCGCGGCCCGCCAGCCCCAGCCCCUCGGUGGCCAGCGAGAAGGAGAAGGACGAGCUGGAGCGGCUGCAGCGGGAGGAGGAGGAGAGGAAGAAGAAGCUGCAGCUCUACGUCUUCGUCAUGCGCUGCAUCGCCUACCCCUUCAACGCCAAGCAGCCCACCGACAUGGCCCGCCGGCAGCAGAAGAUAAGUAAGCAGCAACUCCAGACAAUCAAAGAUCGUUUCCAGGCUUUUCUCAAUGGAGAAACCCAGAUUGUGGCAGAUGAAGCAUUUAUAAAUGCUGUCCAGAGCUACUACGAGGUAUUCCUGAAAAGUGACCGUGUUGCCAGGAUGGUGCAGAGCGGAGGGUGCUCCGCAAACGACUCCCGGGAGGUUUUCAAGAAACACAUCGAGAAGAGAGUGCGCAGCCUGCCAGAAAUCGAUGGCCUCAGCAAGGAGACAGUGCUGAGCUCUUGGAUGGCAAAGUUUGAUGCUAUUUACCGUGGGGAGGAGGAUCCCAGGAAGCAACAGGCCAGGAUGACAGCGAGUGCUGCCUCAGAGCUCAUUCUCAGCAAGGAGCAGCUCUAUGAGAUGUUCCAGAACAUUUUGGGGAUCAAGAAGUUUGAGCAUCAGCUUCUGUACAAUGCAUGUCAGCUGGACAACCCUGAUGAGCAAGCUGCACAGAUCAGACGUGAGUUAGAUGGACGUCUCCAAAUGGCAGAACAAAUUGCUAAGGAGCGCAAGUUUCCCAAGUUUGUGUCCAAAGAAAUGGAGAACAUGUACAUUGAGGAGCUGAAAUCAUCUGUCAAUCUCCUGAUGGCAAACUUGGAGAGCAUGCCUGUGUCUAAAGGAGGCUCUGAGUUCAAGCUGCAGAAGCUGAAACGAAGCCACAACACCUCAAUAAUUGACAUGGGAGAGGAAAAUGAGAACCAGCUUUCCAAGUCAGACGUCGUGUUGUCAUUCUCCCUGGAGGUUGUCAUCAUGGAGGUGCAGGGGCUGAAGUCGCUGGCCCCCAACCGCAUCGUGUACUGCACCAUGGAAGUUGAAGGUGGGGAGAAGCUGCAGACAGACCAGGCUGAAGCCUCAAAGCCAACCUGGGGUACCCAAGGAGACUUUACAACAACCCACGCGCUUCCUGCAGUGAAGGUGAAGCUGUUCACGGAGAGCACAGGAGUGCUGGCUCUGGAGGACAAAGAGCUUGGGAGGGUUGUUCUCCACCCUACUCCUAAUAGCCCAAAGCAGUCAGAGUGGCACAAGAUGACUGUUUCCAAAAACUGCCCUGAUCAAGACCUGAAGAUCAAGCUUGCUGUGCGAAUGGAUAAGCCUCAAAACAUGAAGCACUCUGGGUAUUUAUGGGCCAUUGGUAAAAAUGUUUGGAAGAGAUGGAAGAAACGAUUCUUUGUCCUGGUCCAGGUUAGUCAAUAUACAUUUGCUAUGUGCAGCUACCGGGAGAAAAAAGCAGAACCUCAAGAGCUGCUGCAGCUCGACGGAUACACUGUGGACUACACCGACCCGCAGCCAGGUUUGGAUGGUGGCAGAACAUUCUUCAACGCUGUGAAGGAAGGAGACACGGUGAUUUUUGCGAGUGACGAUGAGCAGGACCGUAUCCUGUGGGUCCAAGCCAUGUACCGAGCCACUGGCCAGUCCCACAAACCUGUGCCACCUACCCAAGUGCAAAAGCUAAAUGCUAAAGGAGGAAAUGUACCCCAGAUAGAUGCUCCAAUCUCUCAAUUUUCUGGACUCAAGGAUGCAGAUAGAGCUCAAAAGCAUGGCAUGGAUGAAUUUAUCUCUUCCAAUCCCUGUAACUUUGACCACGCUUCACUCUUUGAGAUGGUUCAGCGCCUCACUUUGGACCACAGACUUAAUGAUUCCUAUUCUUGUCUGGGCUGGUUUAGUCCUGGCCAGGUCUUUGUGCUAGAUGAGUAUUGUGCACGUAAUGGAGUGAGAGGCUGUCACAGACAUCUCUGCUACCUCAGAGAUUUGCUAGAGCGCGCAGAAAACGGAGCUAUGAUUGACCCCACCUUACUUCACUACAGCUUUGCCUUUUGUGCAUCACAUGUUCAUGGCAACAGGCCUGACGGGAUAGGGACUGUGACCGUGGACGAGAAAGAGCGUUUUGAAGAGAUCAAGGAGAGACUUCGUGUGCUGCUGGAGAAUCAGAUCACACAUUUCAGGUACUGCUUUCCAUUUGGCCGUCCAGAGGGUGCACUGAAAGCCACUCUGUCGCUGCUGGAAAGGGUUCUGAUGAAAGACAUAGUUACUCCGGUCCCUCAAGAGGAGGUAAAAACAGUCAUCCGUAAAUGCUUGGAGCAAGCAGCUCUAGUCAAUUAUACUCGACUAUCAGAGUAUGCCAAAAUUGAAGGGAAAAAGAGAGAAAUGUAUGAGCAUCCUGUCUUCUGCUUGGCCUCUCAAGUGAUGGAUUUAACCAUUCAGAAUCAAAAGGAUGCAGAGAAUGUAGGCCGGUUAGUCACACCAGCUAAAAAGUUAGAAGAUACAAUACGCCUGGCAGAGUUGGUAAUUGAAGUCCUACAGCAAAACGAAGAGCACCAUGCAGAGGGGAAAGAGGCCUUUGCUUGGUGGUCAGACCUAAUGGUGGAGCACGCGGAGACGUUCCUGUCGCUGUUUGCAGUGGAUAUGGAUGCAGCGUUAGAGGUGCAGCCCCCAGACACCUGGGACAGCUUCCCGCUCUUCCAGCUCAUAAACGAUUCCCUCCGUAGUGACUAUAAUUUGUGCAAUGGAAAAUUCCACAAACACCUCCAAGACCUGUUUGCUCCACUUGUUGUUAGAUAUGUCGAUCUGAUGGAGUCCUCAAUUGCACAGUCAAUUCACAGGGGCUUUGAGCGGGAGUCAUGGGAGCCAGUAAAGAGUUUAACAAGUAAUCUGCCCAAUGUGAAUCUACCAAAUGUGAAUCUCCCUAAAGUACCAAAUCUACCAGUUAACAUCCCACUAGGCAUCCCACAAAUGCCUAGCUUUUCUGCACCGUCAUGGAUGGCUGCUAUUUAUGAUUCUGACAAUGGAUCAGGCACCUCAGAAGAUAUGUUCUGGAAACUUGACGCCCUACAGACCUUCAUCCGGGAUUUGCACUGGCCUGAGGAGGAGUUUGGGAAGCACUUAGAGCAACGCUUGAAGCUCAUGGCGAGUGACAUGAUCGAGUCCUGUGUGAAAAGAACGAGGAUUGCAUUUGAAGUAAAACUGCAGAAAACCAGCCGAUCAACAGAUUUCCGAGUCCCUCAGUCAAUAUGCACCAUGUUUAAUGUCAUGGUGGAUGCCAAAGCUCAGUCUACAAAGCUUUGCAGUAUGGAAAUGGGCCAAGAGUUUGCAAAAGAGUGGCACCAGUACCAUUCAAAAAUAGAUGAACUAAUUGAGGAAACCGUCAAAGAAAUGAUAACACUCCUAGUGGCAAAGUUUGUCACCAUUUUGGAAGGAGUCUUGGCCAAACUGUCUAGAUAUGACGAAGGAACAUUGUUUUCUUCAUUCCUGUCAUUUACUGUGAAGGCUGCUUCCAAAUACGUGGAUGUACCCAAGCCAGGAAUGGAUGUUGCUGAUGCCUAUGUGACAUUUGUCCGCCACUCUCAGGAUGUCCUGCGUGAUAAGGUCAAUGAGGAGAUGUAUAUAGAAAGGUUAUUUGAUCAAUGGUACACCAGCUCCAUGAGUGUUGUGUGCACUUGGCUGACAGACCGCAUGGACCUGCAGCUCCACAUCUACCAACUGAAAACUCUCAUUAGGAUAGUAAAGAAAACAUACCGGGAUUUCCGAUUGCAAGGCGUGCUGGACUCCACCUUGAACAGCAAAACCUACGAGACCAUCCGGAACCGGCUGACGGUAGAGGAGGCCACGGCGUCGGUCAGCGAGGGCGGGGGGCUCCAGGGCAUCACCAUGAAGGACAGCGAUGAGGAGGAUGAGGAGGAUGACUAGGGAAGCUGGAGCAGCGCCUGGGGUCGCCUGGUAUCCAUGCAUGUACCUCGUCUGUAACUCAGUUAGCCACAUUAGGAAUUUUUAUGUCAGCUCUAAAUGCCCAUGAGAAGUUUACCAAUACAAAUGCCAUGUUAGCUGUGUGGUAAUAAGAUUAGCACCUCUCUUUGAUUCAUCAGUUUCCUAAUUUCAUAUCUAUAUGUUCAUAAGCAAUAUGGAGCACCAUUGUUUAAUACUGUUAAUGGAAAAACUACAUAGAAAACAUCCUAGGUGUGUCCCUGUUAUUAAAGUUUAAACAAUGCUUCAUUAAUGUACUGUAUAUACAUUGAUGGUAAAUUGUUGUGAAGAUGAGUGACUCGAGUCCUUUCAUUUCUUUCUCUUCUGUGGAUGCCAACUGCUUAAAAUUAAUUAAAAAAACAGCUUUGUUUUUAAAAGAAAAACCAGGCAAUUACAAAUGAUUUUUUUGUUCUCUCUGUUCAUUUAAAAACCAGAAAACAAACAAACCCAGACAGCCGUUUGAAUCAUUCUGCAUCCUUGUUAAUGUACCAGGCUCUUCCCUUCAAUAUGCAGUUAACUCCAUAGAGACUACAUCCCAAAGGAUUAGUCAUUCUAAUUGCCACACCAGAUUAAUCCUAUCAUUAUGGAUAUAUCAUGCCACAUUACAAGUCCAAAGCAGUUGUUUUAUGUUGACGUUUGCUCCUCUAAAUGUUACAUUUUUGUUUAAAUUUCAAAUAACCGUGUAUGUACAAAGACAACUUUAAUUACAAUCUUAGACUCUACAAAUGUGUUUAUAAUAAUAUAUUGAAUAUUUAUUUCGGUAGAUUGUAACCAUAAUUUACAAUUCCUCUGUUUCACAAUGGUUUUUAUAUAUGUCAUGUACAUUGCAUUUUGACCAGUAACUGCAUGUCCAUCAGUUCCUUCUCCAGAGCUUUUACUUUCUGUGUAAAAUAGUGAUCCAUCUUGCUUUUUUUGCCUUAUACAAGCCGACAGUUGUAAAAGUGUGAGAACUGUGGCUUCUCAAUAAAUAACUAUUCAGAUGUCCUAAUAAUAAAUUAUGGAGUCUUUUUAUGUCUGCCUUAGAAAAAAUACCAAACCAAGCUGAGAUGUAAGAGCCCCAACCUCACAGAAUAAAGGCAUUUUCUUUUCUCA